AAACCGUAGAGAAACAAAUAAAGCUGAAUGGGAAGAUGAUUCAACAAUCAAAAUACUGUAUUCUUAUGUAUAUGGAGGAGAAUUUCCUGUGUCACUGGAUAUAUUCAAUUCAGUAAGCAGACUAAAAAAAAAUUUGACCAUAAAUGUAGUAGAUGGUGUUUACCAAUCACCUAUUGUAUGGAUUGAUGAAAAUUCAACAGACAGUGAAAAUCCAAUCAGGCGACAAAGAGGCUAUGAUUUUAGAUUUGAGACAACAGCUAUUUUCAGAGACAAUGAAUCUUACCUUGCAUCUCACCUGUGGAAUGUGUUUAAAAUUACUGAUUCUGGUGCUGAGGAGGAAAUUGAUAUCACAGAAUUAAAAACACACAAUUGUUCUGCCAUCAGAGUGACCAAACGUUUUCUUGAUAUUGGACUUUAUAGGUUUAAAUAUACUUUAACUGUCUAUGAUGAGGAAGAAGAGGUGGAGGAAAAAGAACAAGAAUCAAAAGAGGAAGAAUAUGUGGAUGAUUUUUACAUGUCUAGACAGAAUGAUGAUGAAGAAGAAGAAUAUGAAAUAUCUUUUGAGAAUCGGACUGUGCUUGGAAAACGCAGUGUUUCUUCCUAUGUCGAAAUCAUUCCAACUCCUCUUAUCCCAAUGCUGCUAAGUGGUGGAGCUUCAUAUAUAGUUCGAGGUUUUGGCCAAUCAAUAAUGUUGGAACCUACAGUUUUUACUGAAGAUCCUGAUUAUCCUGAUGAAAAGAAUUUUGAAGUGACGUGGUUUUGCCUGCGACUUGAUAAAGAUGAAACUUUAACAGAGUUAGGUGAAUUUAAAUAUGAUACUAACAAUCCUUCUGGUCCAAUUACUGAUCGCUCAACAAUCAAAGAAGAAGAAUAUAAAGGAGGCUGCUUUGGCAAGGGACCAGGUUUAAUGGAAAUAGGAUCAGGAGAUUAUGAGCUAAAAAGUGACACUUUCUGGACAUGGGAUGCUUUGUAUGAAAUAAUAGCUGUAAUUAAAAAUGAUGAUAAAGUGACAGAAGGUCAUCUUAUUGUAGAAGUUAUUAAAAAUCGGCCUCCAAGCUUACGUGUUAUGUGUGAAAAAAGAGUAGCUUGUAUUCCUCAGGUGAGAGGCCAAUAUAUAAAUCCCAGCUCAUUUAUUCCCUUGACUGUAGAAUGCACUGAAGAUUGUGAUGAUGACUUAACAUUUACUUGGCAUAUAUAUGCAUCUGAUCUAAAUACAAUGGAAAAAAAUGUUGUUGAAAACUGGAAGGAUCAUGCUCUUGUUGAUUUAGAAAGAAUGGGUAUAAAUCAAACUUUUUUUGUGGAAAAUCCAAACAUUAAAGUGCUUCUUGUGGAGGUGAUUGGCUCUAUACGCAAUCCAGAUAUUCCAGAUGGUGUUUCAUCGAUAUUCUUAAUUAUUAAUACCCCACCUGAGCAUGGAGAAUGCAGAAUUAGUACAACUUCAGGGAUGGCACUCUUGGAUAUUUUUCUGAUCGAGUUUUUAAACUGGGAUGAUGCAGAUGAACACCAGAUUGCUGACUAUAGUAUUUAUGUAAAAUAUGGAGAAGAUUCAUUACGUCUUUCAUAUGGAUUGAAAACAAGAGUACAAGUUGUGUUACCAUAUGGAGAUUUAGAAGUUUGGUGCUCUAUUGGGGAUUUCCUUGGGGCCGUUACUAUGUACAGUGCUGCAAACUUUUCAACAUCUUUACCUACUGAGGAAGAGCUGGAAGAGUAUGAAGAAAAGAGAUUUUUUGACAGAUGUCUUGCUGAAGGAAAAAUGUCUCUGGCUUCUCAAGUUGUUAUUGCUAAAAACUCAAUACUUAUGGAGUACCGAAGGCAAAAAAAUCAAACUGGAUUUUUUGAUGGAGUUAGUGAUGCUGAGGUUGACAGAAAGUGGGAAGAAUACUUGCAAUUAGAAGGAAUCGACAGCAGUUAUUUCACUCCUCAGGCGAGGGAGGAAAUUUAUGAAAUGCUUACAGAAAUAUGGGAGAAGGAACAAGACAAAGAUGCAAAGGCUAAAAACAGGGAAAUAGCUAAGUUAUUGAGACUUCCAAUGGAGGCUCUUCCUGAUGCUGAGAUAUUUGGGGGAGCUUUGAGUGCAGUUGCUGACAAUGGACCAACAGAUAUGAGUGGAAAGCUUCACUUAAUGACUGGAAUGGAUAAUAUGUUUUCUGUUAUCAAUGUUACUGAAGUUGCACAUCCAGAGGAUCUGAAAGUUAUUUUGGAUCAGUUUGGAAGCUUAGCUGAUUCUGUAGCAGGGUCUCUGGCUGAAUCAAAUAUAGCAGGACAUUUUUUACCUGCUGAAAUUAAGAGGGCUGAACAAGAGCUGGAUUAUAAUGCAACUGAACCAAAUUAUUUUAUUUAUUAUGUUGAGGGAAGUCAUAAAGAAGUGUCUGAACGCCUUAAAACUAGAGCUGUCGAUGCUGCAAAAGAUAGUAAUCAAGAAGAUGCAAAAGAAAUGAUUAUUAAAAUGAAAGACAUGAUUUCAAAUAUUCAGCAGAACUGCAUGGAAGAAUUAAUGGUCUCCCCUGAACCUUUCUUCACGGAAUCUAGAAAUGGAUUUCAGAUGACAUUUAUAAAAAAUUAUGCCUCAAAUUUAUCUGGUGAAGUAAUUCAGCAAGGAGAAUCUUCAUUUAUUCUUCCAAACAUAUGUGAAGCCUUAGAAAUUGAAAACUGUGAUCAGAAUGAUUUUGCUAUUGGAAUACAAUCUGUUCGCUGGACACAACCUCUGGAAUCUUAUGUGGCUAAUUCACAAAAUUUGAGUGAAAACUCUAAUGUUAUACAAAUUGAGAUCACACCCCGAGAAGGAAAUUCUACUAUUCCAGUAAACAAUACUAAAGAUCCAUUUGUAAUAUGCAUUCCGGUUUCCAGUAGUGAUAAAAAGGAAAUGGAAUAUAUAAUUCCCAAGUUUUCAAGAUAUGAUGAUAUCUUGGUGUAUCAUACUAUACUUAUAGAAUCUUUUGGAAUUAGUGUUAGUGUCUAUAUUAAGCCUGAUAAUUCUGAUGCACCUCUGGUGGUUCUUUAUAAAUAUGGUGCACAGCCAUCACUUCUGGAUUAUGAUGAAAUUUUACAGAUACAAGAUAUACCAUCUGAAAAAGGGGUACAUAGUCUUUUCAUUGGCUCGGACAUUAUAACUGAAGGGGCAAAAAAUUUGUCUGUGGCAGUUGGUCAUCUAGCCAACAAUACAAAUAUGAAACUCUUUUUGGAUAAUCCAGGAAAAUACAAUUUGUCAGUUGUAAAUAUGACAAAUCAGUUUAGCACCAAUUACUCAAUUAAAAUUACUACAAGUGGAUGUUACUUUUUUGAUGAGGAAGCUGAAAAGUGGAGUACAAAUGGAUGUAAAGUUAUACAAAGCACUUCUAAUGCCACAUGCUGUGAAUGCAAUCAUCUCACAUCUUUUGGAAGUGGAUUUUUUGUGACUCCCAAUGAAAUUGAUUUCAGCUAUGUAUUUUCACAUGCUAAAAUUGAGCAAAAUAUUGCAAUAUAUGCUACAGUUAUCACCCUUUUCUCUGUAUUUAUUCUACUCCUCAUAUAUGCAAGGUGGAAGGAUAGGAAAGACCUGAUGAAGCUAGGAGCAACACCAUUACCUGAUAAUGAACCUGGUGAUAAAUAUAUUUAUGAAAUGCUAGUGUUUACUGGUCAUCAGAGAAAUGCAGGAACUAAAUCAAAGGUAUUUUUUAUUUUGUCUGGUGAAGAAGAUGAAACCGAAGUUCGACAUCUUGCUGAUGAUAAGCGUCCUAUACUUCAAAAGGGAUCAAUAGAUGUUUUCGUGAUGUCUGCUCCAAGGUCUCUUGGUCAACUAAAUUACUUGAGAAUCUGGCAUGAUAAUUCUGGAUCUGGGAGAUGGUCAUCUUGGUACUGUCAAUACAUAGUUUUUAGAGAUGUCCAAACAGGCUUAAAAUAUGAAUUUCUUAUAAAUAAGUGGUUUGCAGUUGAACAUGAUGAUGGCAUGAUUGAUCGUUUAAUUCCUGUUGCUGGUAAAGAACAAAUUACUGAGUUUUCACAUUUAUUUUCUACAAAUUCUCGCCGUAAGCUUGCUGAUAAUCACUUAUGGUUCUCCAUCUUUAUGCGUCCACCUCGUAGCCGAUUCACCAGGGUUCAAAGAGUUUGCUGUUGUAUGGCUGUGCUUUGUCUGUCCAUGUUAUCAAAUGCCAUGUAUUACCAAAGAACAACUGCUAAGCCUUCAUCUGGUGGAUUUAAAUUUGGGCCUCUUUCUUUGAGUCCUGAACAGAUUGCUGUAGGACUUAUAACCAAUUUUAUAAUUUUCCCUCCCACUUUUGUCAUGAUAUUUUUUUUCCGAAAAUCUCGACCUCGAAAGUUACGACCAUCUAGUAUUGAAGAAGCACUGAAAAAACAAAGGCGUGACUGGAAAAGAAAGAAUCCUGAAAAACUUCCUGAGGUUGCUUUAAACAUGAAUGGUAAAGAUGAUGCUGAAGCUCAGAUAUUCCAUCGGAAAAGAAAGUUUUCUUUGCCUUGGUGGUGUGUUUACUUUGGUUGGUUAAUGGUUAUCAUCUCUAUUGGAGCAUCACUCUUUUUUAUAUGGGCAUAUGGCAUAGAAUUUGGAGAUGAAAAAACAUCAAAAUGGCUUACAUCAUUAAUCAUUGCAUUCUUUUCGUCAGUCCUUAUUACACAACCUCUCAAGGUUGUUUCAUUUGUAUAUUUUUACCAAAUAUUUAAAAUUAUUUUAGAGUUAAGUAAGCAUAUGUGCAGGAUUUAUUUGAUGAAAUAUUAGGCAAUAUCUUCUCUGUCAGGUAUAAUUAAAUUAGUUUCUUUAAGUUGGCCUUUUCACUACUUACAAAGGUGUGUAGCUG